AUGGCUCUUCAUAUUCAUGAAGCUUGCAUACUUCUGUUGGUCAUCCUUGGAUUAGUCACUUCUGCUGCCAUCAGUCAUGAAGACUAUCCUGCUGAUGAAGGUGACCAGACCUCCAGUAAUGACAAUCUGAUCUUUGAUGACUAUCGAGGGAAAGGGUGUGUGGAUGACAGCGGCUUUGUAUACAAGUUGGGAGAACGAUUUUUCCCAGGGCAUUCCAACUGUCCAUGUGUCUGUGCUCUGGAUGGACCUGUUUGUGAUCAGCCAGAAUGCCCUAAAAUUCACCCAAAAUGUACUAAAGUGGAACACAAUGGAUGCUGUCCUGAGUGCAAAGAAGUGAAAAACUUUUGUGAAUAUCAUGGGAAAAAUUACAAAAUCUUGGAGGAAUUUAAGCCCUCUCCAUGUGAAUGGUGUCGCUGUGAGCCCAGCAAUGAAGUUCACUGUGUUGUAGCAGACUGCGCAGUUCCUGAGUGUGUCAACCCAGUCUAUGAACCAGAACAGUGUUGUCCUGUCUGCAAAAAUGGUCCAAACUGCUUUGCAGGAACUACAAUAAUCCCGGCUGGCAUUGAAGUGAAAGUGGAUGAAUGUAACAUCUGUCACUGUCACAACGGGGACUGGUGGAAGCCUGCUCAGUGUUCAAAACGCGAAUGCCAAGGCAAGCAGACUGUGUAG